AUGUUGACCACUACUAGACUUCGACCAUCACCUAAACCCACGUUCACAAUGAGAAGAAAUAGGGCCAAAAUAAUAGGUGACCCUCUUACACCAGAUACAUCCACUGCUGCAACCAGCAGAUCUGACAAUGGAACGGCGGCUAUAGCCAGUCACCGCUACUAUUCGUCACACACUUCAUCUUCCCUCCUCCACGACGACCACCGCCAUCACGUUCCCUCAAAACAUUCGAUUCUUAUACCCAGUCCAUUGAACGCGUUGCUUCAUUCAGACAGACACAUGAAAUACCACUUUUACAACCUUGGUGGUGACUUCAUUAGAGUUUCAGCCUAUCGCCGCUUCAAACAGUUGUUUCGAAUCGGCGGAGGCUCUUUAAUUAAAGAGAUUGUCUUUGAUUUAUCAACGUUUUUAAAACGAGAAUUAAAUGACGAGAAAUCAGGUGUCCAUUUACAGUUUAAAAAUUACUUGACUUCGAACAGUAACAUCUUGAAAAAGAAGGAAUCUCAUUGGUGUCUUUGUGAUCACCAGUUUGGUUUGCGCAAUUGGCUAUUUAUCGUGUUUGGUUACAUGUUACAAACGUACAAGGAAGAAGAAGUACAUGAAUGUUUGGAUGAUGUUAUCAAGAUGUAUUUGAAUGCCAGAAAGAAUAGACUAGACCCUGAUAAUAUUCGAGUUAUCCGUGAUGAACGUGAUAAUUUUACAUUAGCAACUUUCCAAAAUUAUAUCAAUACGGUGGAAAUUCAGGAAGAUUUAUUAUUUGGCAAAAACAACAACUCAACAAGAUUUGUCACCAUAUCUUCGGCAUACAACCAGAGGAUUUACUUACCGCCUUUGCCCAAGCUACAUGAUCGGGAUUUAUUAAUCAAGGCGUUGAUGCAUAAGGAGUUUUAUCGGUUGUUGUUAGAUCCUCGUCAUAAAUUUGCCCAGACUAUGCAGUCCCAUAAUUAUGAUUUAUCAUUUGGUGAAUAUGGAUUGAUUCGUAAGGAAAUCUCAUUUCUUGAUGGUUUGGGAGAUUUCUUUUUGGCUCAGGAAACGUCGAGACUUAUAUUUGAUUUAUGCCGCAACAACAACAGUAACAACAACAGUAACAACAACAGUAACAAUAACAGCAGCAACGGUACAUUGGACACUGACGAUUAUGGGUAUAUCUCAUUCAACCCCAAUGCUAGUUCACAAACUUACAAUUUACUCAAAAUGAUUCUUGCUACAAACACACUAAUGUCUAAAUUAACUAAAUGCUACAACUUAUACCAGGGAUUAAAUGACCCCAUAAUCAACACCAGGAUAGCAGACGAAUGGAUUCCAUAUACCACAACUGGCCAACUACCUCCAAGCAAAAACCUUGAUGAAGUUCGGAUCUAUGAAGAGGAAUUUCUUGGUGAUUUUUUCGAAAGUUAUAUGGCCGCAUUGUUGAUUGAACAGCCAAACAUGGCCAAAUCGUUCAUUAGAGAAAUUUAUAAACGAUUAAUUUCGGUGAUGACAAAGACAUUACCCCCCGAGGUGACGUAUCAAAAUUGGACCAUGAAUAUCCUAGGCCGAAAUAUUUAUGGAAAGAAAGAAGUUGUUUAA